UUUUAUAGCUAAAGUGUUAGUGUUAAAUGCUUGCUAUCAUUUUCUUACAACAGGCUUGUUAAUUUUUAACAAGGCAACAAGAGACAUACAGUCAAACGUUGGACCCGGAAGCAUGGAUUUAUUUUACAACUGAUAGAGUGAUUGGUGUAAUACUAGAGCUUCUAUCACUGUAGAUGGAGUCUCUAGCUUCCAUCACUGUAGACUAACCUUCACUCCAAGCCCGGACCUGGAUGUGAUGAUUGCUGAAUGUUCAGAGAAGUUGAAGAUGACAUCGAACACCAGAUUUCUGGAGUGUGAUUCCUGCACUGAGAGAAAAUCCAAAGCCAUCAAGUCCUGCCUGGUGUGUCUGGCCUCUUUCUGUGAAACUCAUCUCCAGCCUCACUAUAAAUCUCCUGCCUUUAAGAAGCACAAGCUGGUCGAAGCCUCCAGCCGACUCCAGGAGCAGAUCUGCUUUCAGCAUGACAAACUGCUGGAGGUUUACUGUCGCACUGACCAGAGGUGUAUCUGUGCUUUGUGUAUGUUAGAUAGACAUAAAGGACAUGAUACAGUAUCAGCUGCAGAAGGACGAGCUGAGAAACAGGGGCGGGUGGCAGAGAUGUACAGAGAAUCCCAGCAGAGAAUCAAGUACAGGGAGAAUAAGCUGGAGGAGCUGAGGAAGGCUGUGAGAUCUCACAAGUGCUCUGCACAGGCAGCCAUAGAGGAAAGCGACAGGAUCUUCACUGAGCUGAUCAAAUCCAUCGUGAAGACACAUCAUGAGGCGACGGCGCUGAUCAGAGCUCAGGAGAAAGCUGCAGUGAGUCGAGCUGAAGGAGUCAUGAAGCAGCUGGAGCAGGAGAUGGUAGAGCUGAAGAGGAGAAAUGCUGAGCUGGAGGAGCUUUUAUACACAGAUGAUCCUGUCCAGUUCCUCCAGAUUUUCCAGUUUGCCUCGGCGCCUCUGGUAUCCUCAGACGUUCCCACCAUCGUACUCAACUCCUCCCACCCCUUCAACAGUGUCGUACAGUCUGUGUCUCAGCUGAAAGAGAAACUGGAAGAAUCCUGUAAAGAGGACUUUGAGAACAUAUCCAGUCAAGUAACGGAUGUCCAGAUUGUUCUCUCAGACGAGCAAAAAACCAGAGAAGAGUUUCUAAGAUAUUUCUGUCAGUUCACACUGGAUCCCAACACAGUGAAUAGACACCUCCGUCUGUCUGAUAGGAACACAGUGGUGACCUGCAGUGAAACAACACAACCGUAUCCCGAUCACCUCGAGAGAUUCGACCAUUACUGGCAGGUGUUGUGUAGAGAGAGUGUGUGUGGACGCUGUUACUGGGAAGUGGACUGGAGCGGACACGAUGGCGUCUCCAUAGCGGCGUCAUAUAAAGACAUCAGCAGGAAAGGACGCUUUUCUGAGGGAGUUUUUGGAUCCAGCGAUCAGUCCUGGAGAUUGCUGUGCACUCCGGCCUGCUACUCCUUCUAUCACAGAUGUAAAGAGAUUAAACUCCCUGUCAUUCCCAGUUCCUCUAGAAUAGGAGUGUAUGUGGAUCACAAGGCAGGAACUCUGUCCUUCUACAGCGUCUCAGACACCAUGAAGCUCCUCCACAGAGUUCACACCACAUUCACUCAGCCUCUAUACCCCGGCUUUCUGGUGUGUAAAGGAUCGACCAUCAGACUCCUAACUGCUUAACACGAGUUACUACAGCAGUGCAGGAAAAACAAAACUUUUAAAAAUAUGCAUUUCUUUAUGCAAAUGAGACUUUAUUUAAUUAAAUGCACAUACAUCUGCAUGAUUUUAUGGAAAACAAUUUAGACAAUAAUUUCACUCAAAAUUAAAAGAUUUACAGAAAAGGGAUUUUUGCUUGCUAAUGAUACAAAAAUAAUGAGAUUUUGAAAUUUUCAGAUUUAAUAAUAAAAUGGUUUACAAAAAGUUUUAGGAUAAAUAUUGACAUGUCUAAUAAUCACAUACAGUUUCAGUGGUAUAUGACGAGGUGAUUGUAAAGUGGGCGGAGCUUCAAGCCUUCGUCAAGUUUGAUCGGUUUCUGAUAACGCAGUGGACAAAAACAGUGAAAAAAAC